UGAUGCUGAUGCCCUUCCAAGGUUGAGACCUAGUGCUCUACUCUGAUGUCAGCUCUCCGAGAGACACGCUGGCCUGCUUUGUUCCCUUCCCUGUCCCCAGUGUCUGGCAUCGAGUAGGCGUGCCAUAAAUAUCUGUGGAGUGCAUAAUAACAGCGAUGAUGAUAAUAGCAGCUAGCCAUUGACUGAAGACCUCUUGUGUGCCCGUCUCUGCGUUAAACAUUUCUGGAGGCUUAACUCAUUUAAGGAGCUACCCCAGCCAUCAUUUUCUCAGAUGGUGAAACUGAGGUUCAGAGAGGCCAAGCGCCGUACCCAAAGGUCACUCAGCAGGAGAGCCGGCAGGAAACCUCGCGUCUGUCGGUGCCGGCGCCGCCCCCGCCCCUCCCCGGAGCCCGGCGGCCGCGCGUGUCCGCGGCCCUGCGAGGGCUCCCCGGCUCCGGACAGCCCAGGGCGGCCGGGGGAGGAGCGCGCUGCAACGGCCGUGGCGAAAGUGCGGUUGUGGAUGCGCGGAGAGGCCGGCGGCAGCGGCAGCGGCAGCGGCAGCGGAGGAGGAAGCUGAGCAGGGCGGCGGCGGCGGCGGAACCUGCGGGGCUGGGGCGCGCGCCAUGGGCCGCCUGCACUGCACUGAGGACCCGGUGCCCGAGGCCGUGGGCGGCGACAUGCAGCAGCUGAACCAGCUGGGCGCGCAGCAGUUCUCAGCCCUGACAGAGGUGCUUUUCCACUUCCUAACUGAGCCAAAAGAGGUGGAAAGGUUUCUGGCUCAGCUCUCUGAAUUUGCCACCACCAAUCAGAUGAGUCUUGGCUCCCUCAGAAGCAUCGUGAAAAGCCUCCUUGUGGUUCCAAAUGGUGCUUUGAAGAAGAGUCUCACAGCCAAGCAGGUCCAGGCGGAUUUCAUAACUCUGGGUCUUAGUGAGGAGAAAGCCACUUACUUUUCUGAAAAGUGGAAGCAGAAUGCUCCCACCCUUGCUCGAUGGGCCAUAGGUCAGACUCUGAUGAUUAACCAGCUCAUAGAUAUGGAGUGGAAAUUUGGAGUGACAUCUGGGAGCAGCGAAUUGGAGAAAGUGGGAAGUAUAUUUUUACAACUAAAGUUGGUGGUUAAGAAAGGAAAUCAAAUCGAAAAUGUGUAUAUAGUCAUUGCCAGCUGUGGAGUAGCUGUUCCACUGCCUUUCCUCUCCUGAAAGAUGGCACAAGGAGUGUUAGAAAGCCAUUGGCAGGUUGGAGCCCCCACAGUUGAAGAGCCGUUUUGAAAAAGGGAAAGGGAGGGAACGGAGUGGCUGGGAUUGAAGAAGAAGGUUGACGAGCAAGAAGCUCUUGCCAUAGAAGUCACAUUGAACAUCCCGAAUGAUACCCUUUCAUCUCUUUGUGCCAUGGAGCUGUGCCAUUUGAACACUCACUCCCCUUUUUUUUUCCUUUGGAGCAGAGAACCUUCUGCAUUCAAGUCUCUCAGUUCUUUAUUAUGAUCAAUUACCCAUCAAGAGCUGCUUAGAUGUAUUAAGCCAAAAAAAAAAAAUCCUCUGGGUGGAAAUUAAUUUUCUUGGAUGAUUCUGUGGAGUUGGAAACAUUUAUCUGAAUUUUCUCUCCCCAGAAUUAACCUUGCCUCAGUUCUACAGCUUCCUGCACGAGAUGGAGCGAGUCAGAACCAGCAUGGAGUGUUUCUGCUGAUUUCUGUCCCUGCAUCUCCCCUGGCCCCGUUCCCUGCCCUCUUCCCUUCCCUGGGUGACUGCUCUGAGAGGCACUUCACUCACAGGCCUGUGGGAUGCUCUAUGGGGCCCUGCUGGCUCCAUGGGGCCCAGGUACAAAGGGUUUCUGAAAAACAGCAGGAUUAAGUACUGAAAGAGCCCAACACAAUUACCCCAUAAACUCUCUGUUAGGGCAACCACCACCACCUAUCUGUCUUCCAGGACACAUUUUAGAUACUCUGACAGGCCACUGCAUCUCAGAUUCAGGGGAGAAAAUAAGUUGUCACCUCCCCUUCAAAGUUCCAGAGUAAAUAAAUGGUGCCAUCAUUCAAGAUAACAUGCUGAUCACCCUCCUCCCAAAAAGCAAGAGCUUGUUUAUGGCUGAGGAAUCGGCGGAUUGUCUGAAUGACACAUGUACAGAGCUCCCACGGAUUUCUGCACACUCUGGGUCUGUGCUGGUGGAACAUUGCCAAUCAGUUCUUAAUGAGGCACCUGUGUAUAAAUACAUGCUUGGUCUUCUCUGCAGAGAACUGAGGCUAAACUCUGUCAAUACUUCUGGUUUUGCCCUGUCAUGUUGUAACGAGGCGGGCCUUUUGAGGCCAUUUUAGUUUGAGUUCGAGCCAACCACCUCUGUUGGUUAGAUGAUGAAUAAAAAGGUUCUGAAGAAAA